CUCGCGCAAGAUGGUUGCUAUGACGGCGGAAUGCCCACCUUCCCGGCGCCGCCAUCUUGUUGUUGAUUCGAACCGUCGGGAGCGGGCGAGGGGAGUGCAGGAGCCGGCCUGGGGGGACCCAGGAGCAGCGCCCCCCGGCCGGGCAGGGCAGGUUUGCGACUUCAGACGCAUGUUUAUUUCUGGGCUCUCUGGUGGUGAUUUUAAUCCUUGAGAAACCACUCAUUCCACCCCAUGCAGCUCUCCCCAUGCCUCCAGAGUGUGACAGGCGUCCUACGCAAUGUGUGUUUGUCAAACCAUGGAGGUGGGGAAGCACGGCAAGAACACAACCCACACAGGGGACCGAGGGGUCCUGCUGGAGCCUUUCAUCCAUCAAGUGGGUGGCCACAGCAGCAUGAUGCGCUACGAUGAUCACACGGUGUGCAAGCCUCUCAUCACCAGAGAACAACGCUUCUAUGAAUCCCUGCCUCCAGAAAUGAAAGAAUUCACGCCCGAGUACAAAGGUGUGGUUUCUGUCUGUUUUGAGGGAGACAGCGAUGGCUACAUUAACCUGGUAGCAUAUCCCUACGUGGAGAGUGAAGCAUUGGAACAUGAGGAUACACCAGAGAGGGACCAGCCUCGUCGUAAGCACUCUCGCAGAAGCCUCAACCGGUCAGGCAGUGGCAGCGAUCACAAAGAGGAGAAAGCAGGAUUGCCUGCUGAUUGCAUGGAAAGCAUCCAGGACACAAGGGGUCAGAAGAGUUUCCAUUCAGAUGUUCCAUUUCAGAUGCUAGAUGGAAACAGCAGUGUGAGUUCUGAAAAAAUCACCUUUAAUCCAUGGAGCUUGCGUUGCCACAAACAACAGUUGAGCCGCAUGCGUUCAGAGUCCAAGGAACGAAAACUCUACAAAUUCCUUUUGCUGGAGAAUGUGGUACAUCACUUUAAGCUUCCCUGCGUGCUUGACUUGAAAAUGGGGACCAGACAGCAUGGCGAUGAUGCGUCAGAAGAGAAGGCUGCUCGACAGAUGAAGAAGUGUGCACAGAGCACCUCAGCCACGCUAGGAGUACGAGUUUGUGGAAUGCAGGUAUAUCAAUUGGACACAGGGCAUUAUUUGUGCAGGAAUAAAUACUAUGGCAGAGGGCUUUCCAUUGAGGGCUUUCGCAGUGCACUCUACCAGUACCUGCACAAUGGUGUUGAGCUACGAAAUGACCUCUUUGAGCCCAUCCUUAGCAAACUGCGAAGUCUGAAAGCUGUAUUAGAGAGGCAGGCCUCUUACCGGUUCUACUCCAGCUCCUUGCUCAUCAUUUAUGAUGGAAAGGAUGCCCGGUCUGAGACAAACAUGGAGUCCAGACCAGAGGUGCGCCUGAAGCAAGUGGACCUCUCUCCUCCCGAAAACCUACAAGAUGCCAGCAGCACAGAGUCCUCCACCACCCAGCCUAAGGUGGAUGUACGUAUGAUUGACUUUGCACACAGCACAUUCAAAGGCUUUCGUGAUGACCCUACUGUACAUGAUGGCCCCGAUAGGGGCUAUGUGUUUGGACUAGAGAGCCUUACCAACAUAAUAGGACAGAUGCGGGAUGAGUACCAAUAGGUAUGCACUGGACUCUUUAAUUUUCUUCCCCUAUAAUAGGAACAGAACGGACUACCACCCUUACAGAGAAAGCAGACCCUGCUGCUUUGAAAAUAUUCUGUUGCUCCAGUGCAUUUAACCUCAUCAAAGGACGUAUCCUGGAUAAUCCCAGCAAAAAGGCUUUCACCAUCCUGGCCUGGACGAUUUUGGGGGGGGGGGGGGGGAUUCCAAGGACUCCAGUGUUGGGAAUAUUGUACCUGGGGCUUGGCAUUCAUCGUGCACAGCACCUUGAUUGUGUCUGCUAGGCAUGUGGAGACUGACUCCACAGGAAAGAAGUGGUAUGGCGUUUCAGGGGUGUAGAUUUUGGGGAUUCCAGUGUCUCUCUUCCUUAUCAACCUUCCACUGAGGCACUAUGGUUUGAACUUCUCUUCUUUCAUUUGAAAAAGGCAUUCAGAUCCAAGGAAACAUUAGUUAUGGGGCUGACUGAGGCACAUGAUUUGCACACACUCCACUCUGCUAUUGCUGCCCCUGAGCAGAUGUGUGAGAAUCUUCUAAAGGUUACAGAUGAAUACUUCAUUUAUCUUCUCCAAUCUGGGAGUUAUCAGAUCAUCCUACCUGGGGAAAUAAAUGACCAAAGGAAAAUCAGUGCAGUGCUUUAAUGGUUUUGCUUUGCAUCCUGUUGAUGAAGUGUGCCUACCUCCUUCUCAUCAUUUCCUGAAAUUGAUAGAAUUUCCAGAAAGGCCUGGUUAGGUGUCAGGCGCAUUGUCCCAGUCUCUUAACUUCCUGUAAGUUUCUGGCUAGUUAAAUAUUGUUGAUAGCACAAUCAGACACGGUAGUCAUGCUGUUUAUUAGGUACCAACCCCACAUGCCAUUUUGGCACAUGUAGGUACAAUAGUAUCUUCUCCAGCCUUACUCAGAUCCAAGCACUAUGGUGUUGGAUAGCAGUAUUCCUUCCGCAUUUCCUGAUUUCCUACCAAAACGAGGCACUUCCGUCCACAUUAACAAAUAUUUGAUGAGGGAGUUGAUGAGAAACUGAGGACACAUUCAUUUUCAGACCUUGUUCCUUCUGUAGAGGGGAGCAUCUGCCUGGCUUUGGUGGCCUUCUAAUGGAAUGAGCCGCCACCUGUGCUUGUUUUCACCUCAGGGAGUUGGUGUUUUCCGGCCUUGUUCCCAUGAUUAGUGACUUCUUGAAUGCAGUGGGGCCAUAUUCUGGCCCAGCAUACAUGCAUGGGCUUCUGUGUAUGGGGUAAGACAAGGCAUUAGUGAUUUGUAAUGUUAACCUUGACAGCAUUAGUUCAUUUUAUGAAUGAUCACAGUUAUUCAUAGCUCUUGGAAGUGAUGAUAAUCCUAAGAGCUAUUCCACAGACUUUGGACAAUAGUUGCUCUAGUUAGAGCUUGGCCUAAUAUAGACAGAUGCACUAGACCUCUUGGAAUGCACUUUGUGGGGAAGGGAACAGUUCUGUGGAGAACUGAUGUUGAGGCAUUAGGGUUAAGGACUGUAGUUGUUUUAAGUGUCCACUGUUGUAUACUUACAGAAAGGGUUAAUUUUUGUCCUAAAACCCCUGCUUGUUUGGAGGCAUGUGAGCCUCCCUUAGGAUAGAUGUGGCCUUUGUAGGUCUGUCCUGAAAGUGUUCUUGGAUCUUUUUCAAGGAGCAGCUGGUGGAAACCUUUUUCUCUCUCUUGCCAGUGUGUAAUUUGCAGAAGCAAAGCUUUGGUUCUGCAAGUAGAGCAGAUGGGAGAACCACUUUUGUGCAUUGACCAAUUUAGCAUUAAAGUCAGAUCUCACUAUUUUCCAGUGGGAGCCUCUGUAGUGAGACAUUUUACACUUUGAAGAAAGUAAUGCCAUUUUUCCAGCAUUACUUUUGAUUCCCAAUUCUUAAGGGAAAAGCUUUGCUUUCUGCCAGCCACUGCUUGGAAGUCUCCAUAUUGAAAUUGAGGUAUCACAGUAAUUUCUGUACUUUUCAUGUUUUGGUUAAACAAAGACCUGAAACAUAUGAGAACAUUUUUUACUUCUUCCAACAUCUACUUCAAUAAUAUAGGGAAUACUAUGGAGAACAACUCUAUGUUUUAAAGUCUAAAGUUUAUCUCCUGUUGUGGUGACCACCUCAUUUUAAAAUCCUUUUUUAAAUAAACAAACAUAUACCCAUGUCUCUCUGGACUGUUCUGAGCUUCAGUCUGCGAAUCCCAGAGCAUUUAUAUAGCAUUAUCCCUUUCCUGUUGCUAAUUUUUUUUCUUUUUUUAACAAAGCUAGUAAUUCUAUUAGUUUGCUCCAUAAGGAACCAAAAAUAUUAAAGGACAUGGUUUUCUCAGUAGUUUAGUGUUGUGGUUACUUUUCAGCCAGCAUUACUGCAAAGCACAGUCUUGUUCAAUAGCAAUAAGCUUUCCAAGUUUAAGUUCUUUGAGUUAAGAAAGAGACCUGGUUGUGACCGUUCUUUGGAUUGAGUACUUUGCAUGUCUGGAAGGAUUUGCUUCCCUCCGAUCCAGAGAUCUGCUUGCAGCCAGGCAGAAUAUUGAUGAAUUUAGCUUGUUUUGUUUGGAUCUCUACUCGACAUGUGCCUGUACAUUUCAUGUUUGCAGUUUUUUUUAUAUACAGGUAUAUUUGUGUAUAACUUGGCAGUACUGGAGUGGCUGGAGUGGAGACAUAUUAGUAAAGCUGUGUAAGAAAGCAUUGACAGGGCUCUUUAGGAAAGUACCCAUAACUGUCACAGUAGAUUAAUGCAAGUGGACUCCCUUUGCAGAGUUAUUGCUAAGCCAUCCCUUUGGGCAUGCCGCAGAAUCAGUCUUUGCAGCUUGAUGUUUGCUUUUGGUUGAAAGCAACUCUGCAGAGUAAAAGUGCCUUUUAACAGGCACCCAGAGAGACAUUGGGAGAUAGGGUGGUUGGAAGCAGAAAGUUUGCUGUCAGUGGCCCUCUUCCCAGUUGAGGGACACAGUUCACUAUAAGUUCAAGCUUGCACCAGCCAAACAAGUGGGGUACAUUAGAUUUAUUGCAAUAUCCUCUGGGGUUUAACCCAUUUAGGAAUUCAUGAAGUCAUGCUAAUUAUUUGCUUUUCCUGUUGGUAUUCUUCCUCUUGGCUACAGUGGAAGUUUCUGCUUGUUGGGUGGGGUGGGGGUGGAGAUACAUGCUGUGUUUAAAGAAAGUUCAGAAGAGUAGCACACCCCCAUGAUCCUGUUCUGCAUUGAAAUAAAGGGAAUUAAGUCUGUCCCAAAUGAAGCCAGCUUGCCCUACGGCUCUGUGGAGUAUCCCAUCCCAUUCUGUUUGUUAAAUGAAUGUGACAAUAUGUUUGCUAAGAGAAGACCCACAUCUGUUACGCUGGAUCCAGUCUCCUUACUAUAUUGGUCAUAUUUGUGAAAAUCUGCCACUUCCCAGUUGGUUCUACCUCAUUAUCUCAAGUAAAUAGUUCAAGAUAAUAAUUACACAUCUUGUGCCAUUUUAGGGAUGUUGCCACAGAGGUGGAAGCUGUAUUGCAGGUGCAAAACAAAAUAGCACAAGAUGACAUUUGGUUGGCUUUCAACAACUUAACAUAAGGCAACUUUCUCCCUUUGUCCUCUUGUUAGAACUAGGGUUGUGUUGCUUGUUUGUGCUGUGUUUAGCUCACCAGGAGGUUAGCGUGUGAGAGUCUGUCCUGGAAAUGCAUAGAAGACCACAAUGAGAGUAAACAUAUUUUAGGAAGAAGAUGCUGAUCUGGACAGCUGUGUCCAACCAAGCCAUUCUGCAUGCAUUAUAUACAUUCAGGUCCUCUUCUGGAGGCGUUGUAAAUAAUCCUUCCAGCCUGUUCCUACAGGAGCAGCGUAGCCUCUGUUUGUUGCCCUUUACAGCUUGCUGACACUUUUAUGUCCAGUAGUGUUGACUCUUGUAGCAGAACUUUGCACGUACUGUGUUGUUGCCUUCAUGUAGAUGAUAAAUUAGCUUUUCAGCCUUCUGGAAUACAUAGCCAGCUGUCUCUCUAGCAAUACACGGAAACUGCUAGCGUUGGUUUAUGAACAGUGUGAGGAGUCCCCUUAUGUUACUGAUAAGGGCCAACUGCAAGUUCACCUGCUGAGUACUCAAUUUCUUUUUUAUAUUGGUGGCAGCUGCUGCCUUGGAAGUAUCUCUUCCUCUCCUCAGCUAGAGGUUACUACUGCACUGUGCUUUUUGUUAAUAACUGAUCUUGCCCUUUUAGUUGGGAGCAGGAGUCACCAUCUCUUUAUUAGCACCUUUGUAGCCUAGACCUGCUGCAUAAUCUUUCCGAAAUAUCAGUUGAACAAUUCCCUGUGAAUAAUGGAGAGUUGCACUUUGGAUAAUGCUCAGUCUAGAUGACUCCAAAGAAGGCCCUUUGUGUGUCAUGGAGAUGAUACUGCUAUAUUAAACUUGAUUCUUACACUGUAUGUGUAUCUCCACCUGAAAGAAAUUCAAGGAAGAUAACAGAACUGGCUUCUGUUGAACACAGGCAAAGAGACUCAAUGUCGGUUUCAAUUUCUGUAGCCUUACCCACCUGCCUGCAGCCAUGUACAAGCUGUGCCUCCAUAAAGGACCAAACCACAAUUUAGAUCAAAGCCCUGCUGCCAGCCUGCUGCUGCUGCUCACAGCUCGGAGUAGAUCGGCAUACUAUUAAAAAGCCAACGAGCAUAUUUCCUGUGGAGCAGAGGUGCUCUGGCCAUCUUAGAUCUCAUCUGAGCACGGCACCAGCAACUUGCCAUGAACCCUUGGGGUGCGCCUGCUGACGCAUUCUGCUGCUAUUGGUGUUUAAAGUGGAGGUGCAAAUUUGUGAGCCUGCUUUAUGAUUUGUUUGUAAAAGGGUCUCCUCAGAUCAUAACUUUUUGGAUGUAAAAGGAGAAGCAAGUUUUAUUAGUUUCACAGACAACUUUUUGACCUUUUGGAGGUAGCAGGGAGGGAGGGAGUCUGGCUGUAGGCCUAUGUAUUUUUUGUUUUACUAUAAGUCUGGAAAGAAUCAUCCGAGUCAGGUACAGACUUUGGUUGUAUUUGUACUAUUACUGCAUGCUUAUCUCAGGAGCAAAAUGUUGUUUUUAUACUUUUGAGAAGUUUAGGUGUGGAAUGGUCUCUAUGAGAACUGCCUGAAAGGGAAGAAAUGUUACUGUGAGAGCAGGGAGCAGAGCUGCCCCCUCCGGCAUGGUUCCCAUUUGUCUCUUCAGACUUGUCUGGGAGAAAUGCAACAUCACAUAACAAACAUUUUGUAUAUUUUUCAUAGUCUGUUUCAGUGCCACUUUGUUGGGCCAAGUCAAGCUUUUGGGCAUGAGAAAUAACAGUAUCUGUACUCCAUACACUGCACCCCUUGCUCUCCUGUUGUGUAUAAACAUCUGUGUAUAUAAAUAAACUGCUAGACAUUUA